GUCUAAAGAAUAACAACGCCAUCACUUUAUCGAUUGUUUCAACACUUGCAGGUGGACUUUGCAACAAAACGUUAAAGUAUUUGCAUGUUAAUAAAUAUAUCAAAUGAUGGAUAACUUUUUGCAGCUGAUGCUAGUGUGCACAUCAAUGUUCCUGCAAGGGUAUGCGCAGGCGCUGAUAACAAACUGUUCAAGAUUCGCGUGUGAAUACUCGCUGAUAGAAAAAAUGAUCAAUCUUCAAAAUGAAAACACGAAGCUAUCUGAGAGACUUACGGCUCUCCAACUGCUGCUGGAGGGGAGACAGACGGCAGUUUCUGCGCAUGUCAGACUAUCAGGAAACACACCAUUAAGUGGUUCGGCGAGAGUAAUGUAUGAUGUAGAAAUUUCCAAUAUUGGGGAAGCGUACAAGUUCAACAGUGGGCAGUUUACAGCUCCUUUUGGGGGCGUGUAUCUCCUUCACGUUACGGCGUGUCUGGGCAGUGGAGGACGUUGGAUGACCCUUAACAUUAUGGACAAUGAUAAGGUUAUCGGCAGAGUGUUUGUUGGGGACAGCGCUUAUCAUACAUGUGGAUCAGAAACCUUAAGUCUUCAUUUAGAUUCAGGUGACAAUGUGUGGGUCGAGCGUGUAGCCGGUUCAGCCACAUGGCUGAACGAAGAUCAUGGAUGGAACUCCUUUACCGCAACGCUUUUAUAUGCAGACUGAACUGGUUACAGAUUGGGCGGCUUGCAUGAUAUUUAAACAUACAAUGUGCUAUAUUAACAACAGGAACAUUUGCUUUUCAACAUAAAAAAACUAUAUAAGGAGUCGCCACGUUUAAUCCAUUUACAAUAUUUUCUGUAUAUUCUCAACUUCAUGAAGUGCACGGAUAAAUCGUAACAUAAAAUUGUAUUCCACAGCUUUAGAUAAUCACUUUUUGUCCUGAAUAUAUUUCACUUACAUCAUUGUUGAAUGACUUUCCAAGUAACACAUCGGAUAUUUCUGUUACAUCAGGCCUAUAGGUUUGCGUUUUUACAAUUGCGUUGUUUUAUGUAUGUGAUGCCAUGUUUCUAUUGUCAUCUAUUUUGCUUUAAUAAAGUACUUCUUUUAGCUUUA